AUGGCGCCAACUCACCGGCGUGGUCCCUGGGUCCAGGAAGAGGACAAUACUCUACUUCAACUAGUACACGAGCAAGGGCCUAACAAUUGGGUUCGCAUUUCACAGCAGAUGCACUUUCGUUCUCCCAAACAAUGUAGAGAGCGAUUCCAUCAGAACCUCAAGCCCUCUUUGAAUCACACUCCAAUCUCAGCUGAAGAAGGACUUAUGAUCGAGCGCAUGGUCAACGAGAUGGGUAAGCGCUGGGCAGAGAUUGCACGUCGACUAGGCAACCGCAGUGAUAAUGCAGUCAAGAACUGGUGGAAUGGCAAUUUGAAUCGCAAACGAAGAGGUCUUGUGGUGCAGACGACAAGUCAACACUCUUCACGCACCUACAACGGCCGCAUCGAGGCUCCAUMCCCGCGAGCCAGUGAACAUCGACAUCAUAAUGACCUUCGACGUCCAUCAACUUCAUCAACCAAGGCUUCUUUCAACCACAGCCCUGUCAUGGUCUCCCAACUGAUUCUUCGUGAGCGACCAGUCUCACCAAGCCACCAAGACGAUAUUUCACGGCGCCUUGCACCUAUUCUCACUUCUACCACUAGUAGAAUAGAGCCAUCAAUGACAUCUCCAGCAUUCUCGGAGAUUUCCACCCUUGAGCCGCCAUCAAUGAUGUCAGAUCACAAUUCAGUUUCUUCUGCUUCACCGAGGACAUUACCAUCUCCUCAGAUGUUGCCGCUACCCAUUGAUUCCCGCCAGCCUUCCUGGUGCUCAGAGCAGCAUCGACGAGGAAGCAUGCCCACCUACUCAACUUAUCUCACCUCUUCCGCCAAGGAGGAGAUCUACUUCUCGCACAAUCCUGACCAAGAAACUAGCUACGCUAGACAUUGGAGUGUCGACCACAACUACAGCAAGUCUGUUGCUGAGCCAGCUUCAUCUUCAGAACGCCGUGAUUCUCGCAUGGGUCUACAAUCAUUGCUCAACUAA